CGUCCCGGCUUCCGGGCGGCGGCUGCGGCGAGAGCAGUCGGCGGGCUCCUUUCUUAACGUCUUCUGAGAGAAGCGGCGCCUGCGAGACGGUGUUCAUCAUGUUCUCUUUCAACAUGUUUGACCACCCGAUUCCCCGGGUCUUCCAAAACCGCUUCUCCACGCAGUACCGCUGCUUCUCCGUAUCCAUGCUAGCGGGGCCUAAUGACAGGUCAGAUGUGGAGAAAGGAGGGAAGAUAAUUAUGCCACCCUCAGCCCUCGAUCAACUCAGCCGACUUAACAUUACCUAUCCCAUGCUGUUCAAGCUGACCAAUAAGAAUUCGGACCGCAUGACGCACUGCGGUGUGCUGGAGUUUGUGGCUGAUGAGGGCAUCUGCUACCUCCCACACUGGAUGAUGCAGAACUUGCUCUUGGAAGAAGGGGGCCUGGUCCAGGUGGAGAGUGUCAACCUUCAAGUGGCCACCUACUCCAAAUUCCAGCCUCAGAGCCCUGACUUCCUGGACAUUACCAACCCCAAAGCUGUAUUAGAAAACGCACUGAGAAACUUUGCCUGUCUGACUACCGGGGAUGUGAUUGCCAUCAACUACAACGAGAAGAUCUAUGAACUGCGGGUGAUGGAAACCAAACCCGAUAAGGCUGUGUCCAUCAUUGAGUGUGACAUGAACGUGGACUUUGAUGCUCCCUUGGGCUACAAAGAACCCGAAAGACAAGUCCAGCAUGAGGAGUCGACAGAAGGCGAAGCUGACCACAGCAGCUACGCUGGAGAGCUGGGCUUCCGCGCCUUCUCAGGCUCCGGAAAUAGACUGGAUGGAAAGAAGAAAGGGGUCGAGCCCAGCCCCUCCCCAAUCAAGCCUGGAGAUAUUAAAAGAGGAAUUCCCAAUUAUGAAUUUAAACUUGGAUGAAGCUGGAGGCAGAUUCGUGGCUUUCUCUGGAGAAGGACAGUCGUUGCGUAAAAAGGGAAGAAAACCCUAAGUCGGGACUGUUGGCUGAUUGGCAAAUAAAAGAAUCGAUUGCAGCAUACUGACUUCUAGUUACUGGCUCUGAAGGGGUGAGGCUCCUGUCAGAGAAUGCCUGUUACUUUGGGUCAAUUUAGAUUACCUAAGAAUUACCAAGUUUGACUUGGAAGUGGAACAGCAGGACUUUGUAGUUAUGUGCUUGGUUUUAGGAAAGAGAAAGAGCUGCCUCUGAGGGCCUGUGGGCGGCCACCUUCUUGCCACUUCAUGCUUUCAGCUCGAGGGGGGCUCCCAUAGCCUCAGAGGGAGCAGAGUCCCCUAACUCCUAACAAAACCAGUGGAGGGCAUUGAAUUGUCUAACUUGAGCCAUUCUUUCUCUUUCUUCAUUUAUCCUUUCUUUUCCCAGGUCAAUUGUGUAGGCGUUGUCUUUGGCCUAGAAAAAAGUGGUUUAAAUAGAUAUGUGCUCUAUAAAUAGCAGCUGUCCCACUACUCUGGCUGCAAUUUAAGUAUUUGAGGGCGUUUCCAUUUUUAUUUUACGUAUUUUUUCCAACAGCACCACUCCUCAGAAGAACCUGAUCCAAAUAGGUUUGCACUUUUAUUUUGAUUUCAUAUGGAAAUAGCUGACUCCUUAGUGAACCUGUUCUGUAGUAAAACAACUCCAUGGAGAAACAUAAACGUGAAAGCUAGAAUGAGUAAGUGCUAAAGAUAUAUUCCUCUUUCAACUUCUUUUGUACCCCCC